GUCGUCGAGGUCUUAAAAGACCAAAGCAAUCCCAUAAUACAUGUAUUGAAAGCUGGGUGCCUUUCUUUGAUGUAUCUCUUGCUCUAUUGGACGUCUCAUAUUGUCGUCCUUACCCCCUUUCAACAAACUGACACAUAUCUCAAACACCUCACUAGUUGAUCAGGUACAAUAACAAGAUCACUUAACAACCCAUCUCAUCCAGACAGGUCAGCAUCGACAAAAUGCAUCUCAUUCUGACUGGGGCCACCGGCCUGGUGGGAACUGCCGUUCUCGACGCCAUGAUCAAUACCAAGGAUGUCACCAAGAUCUCCGUCCUCACUAGACGGCCUGUCAAGUUCACCGAUGACCGCGUCAACGUCAUCAUCCACAAAGACUUUGCGUCGUACGACCAUGACCUGCUUGAGAAACUAAAGGAUGCCCAAGGUUGCGUAUGGGCACUGGGAAUCAGCCAGACGCAAGUCAGCAAAGAGGAAUAUGUCACAAUCACCAAAACCUACCCCCUCGCUGCCGCAGAGGCAUUCCAGUCCCUCCCAUCAAAGACAGGGAGCAAGGAACCCUUCCGCUUUGUCUACGUCUCCGGCGACGGCGCAACCUUCACCCCGGGACGCCUGACCCCUAUUUUCGGGCGCGUCAAGGGUGAGGCCGAGCUUGCGCUGGCCGAGAUGCAGAAGUCAAAUCCUUCCUCGAUCCGGGCGAGCACCGUUCGUCCUGCGUUUGUCGACUGGGUCGGCCAUGAGGAGAUCAAGCCCUUCCUGCCGGAGCUUGGAACAUUCAAAACCGGUCUUGCGGGCAUCCUGUCGCCGAUGAUGAAGUACGUGGGGACGAGUAAGUGGAGUCCGACCGCACCGCUGGGCAAGUUCUUGACGGGCAUGGCUAUGGGCAUGUGGGAUGGUGCUUUGGAUGGGGAGGGCGUGGAGAGGUUGCCCGGUGGAUUCGCUGUUGUGGGAAACACAGGGUUUAGGAGGGUAAUGGGCUUGGAUGUUGCGAGGAAUCAGUAAGCCGGCGUUUUGAGUACCUACCUAGGUACCUUAGAUACGUAAAUAGGUAGGUAUGUAGGUAGUUGGGGUGAUCCGCCAAUGACAUAUAAUACCCCC